GCUGCUUCCACUUCAGUUGGAGCUAAGUGGGGGACGCCUGCUAGCUGUGGCUCAAUUGUCUGAAAGAAAACAGUUUUUACACCCCAGCGCUUGUGUCUAAUGGACAAACUCUCUUUGUAAAUGCUUUUUAAGAAUCAUCACUCCAGGAGAACACACACUGUCUGCUCAACAGGCCCUGGCCUUGAGGCUUAUUUAAAGGGGUUUAACUUCACUGGUGAGCCACCUUGGAUCUCCUGCACCUGAGCAACUGACAUAAAAAUUCCAUCUCUUUUUGAGUGACCAUUUAAAGAACUUUUUGCGACCAUGAAUACUGCCGAGUUUGAUUUCUCUUUCCUUGAGGAGGGCUUUUCUGCCAAGGAUAUUGUAGAGCAGAAGAUUAAUGAGUCAUCCAUGACGGAUGACAGGGAUGCCUUCUAUGUGUGUGACCUGGGGGACGUUUUGAAGAAGCACUUGCGCUGGGCAAGGGCCCUUCCUCGUGUCUCUCCUUUCUAUGCAGUCAAGUGCAACGACAGCCGGGCUGUUUUGAUGACACUGGCCUCAUUGGGAACUGGUUUUGACUGUGCAAGCAAGACUGAGAUCCAGCUUGUUCAGUCUCUGGGAGUGGAUCCAAGCAGAAUCAUAUAUGCAAACCCAUGCAAGCAGGUUUCUCAGAUAAAGUAUGCUUCUGCCCACGGGGUCCAGAUGAUGACCUUUGACAGUGAAAUGGAGCUAAUGAAAGUGGCUCGCUGUCAUAACAAUGCCAAGCUGGUGCUGCGUAUUGCCACAGAUGACUCCAAGGCCGUUUGCCGCCUGAGCAUCAAAUUUGGAGCCCAACUUAAAGCUUGUCGAGGCCUUCUGGAGAAGGCCAAGGAAUUGGGGCUGGACGUGAUCGGCGUCAGCUUCCAUGUUGGCAGUGGCUGCACUGACUCAGCGGCCUUCAAGCAGGCUAUUGCAGAUGCCCGCUGUGUCUUUGAUAUGGGGCUUGAUCUAGGCUUCUGCAUGAACCUUUUGGACAUCGGAGGAGGUUUUCCUGGUUCAGAAGAUGCAGACAUCAAAUUUGAAGAGAUCACUGCAGUAAUCAACCCAGCCUUGGAUAAAUAUUUCCCUGUUGACAGUGGUGUGAGGAUCAUUGCUGAACCCGGUCGAUUUUAUGUGGCCUCUGCUUACACUCUGGUUGUUAACAUUAUCGCCAAAAAGGUCCUUAUAGAUGACGAUUCGGCCUCUGACGAGGAAGAUGAAGGGAUCAUUGACAGGAGCCUCAUGUAUUAUGUGAAUGAUGGAGUGUAUGGGUCCUUCAACUGUAUUCUGUAUGACCACGCACAUUGUCUGCCAACUUUACACAAGAAGCCCAAGCCAGAUGAGGCCAUGUAUCGCUGCAGUAUCUGGGGCCCAACAUGCGAUGGCCUUGAUCGUAUAGUGGAACAGUGUAACCUGCCGGACAUGCAUGUGGGUGACUGGCUGCUCUUCGAGAACAUGGGUGCCUACACUGUGGCCGCCUCUUCCACAUUCAAUGGAUUCCAGAAGCCCGAUAUUCACAACGUCAUUUCGCGGCCAGCCUGGCAACAUGUGCAGCAGAUCUGCGCCCAGGGACUGCCGGUCCCCGCAGAGUCCUGCAUGCUGGAUGUUCCAGCCUGCUGCGGAAGAGAGAGGAAUUUGGAGAUUCCCUCAAAGUCUCCUCAGGCCCAUGUGGUUUAAAGGGCACAGUCAUUCACGACAAUAAAAACACACAUCAUUCGCCUUUCAUUACAGAUGCAGCUUUUUUAAUUAUUUUUGUGAAAAAUCUUGGCCAGUUACUUGGAAAAGAAAAAUGGUAUUUUGCAUGCAUUUCUGUAUUCUAUUUAGAAGCUAAUAAUUUUCAGUUAGAUGGUGGCUUGAUGGUACCAUUCAAGAAAGGCUGCUAUAAUUUUUUUUUGUUGGUUUUUAAUUGUCUCCAUUUCACAGAACCCUUUUCUUUUACCACAUAUACAAGGAACUUUGUAUGGCCUGGCUAGUCAUUAAGUAAUCUGUCAUUACGAAAGCUAAAUAGUCAUCACUUACUAGGAGAACGUGUUUCCAUCAAACUCCAUGCUGCAACUAUUUGUUUUCAUUCCUUAUGUGGUUUAGAUCAUGUUUUGCGGUAGGUGGUACCCUGUUAAAAACAAAUCUUAAUAGCCAUUUAUCCACAUGGCCUCAAGACAUUACUGCCUCUUUCCUCUCAUUUAACUUAAUUUUGUGGUUGUAUUCUCAAAAGCAGAACGUGUGUUGUGAAAGAGAUGGGAUGCUUUCCUAUGGAAACGUUUGCAAGUUUUGUAUUUUUUUUUCCAAAAUAAAGUGGUGUGAAACUGAAUGA